CUGAGACGGCGCCCCGGACACCGGCCACGGGGACCGAACCGGUACAUCACGAAGUCUGGGCCUCUUUAUCCCGACUGGCGCUUCCCCUCGGAUUGCGUCCUACACCACAGUUGUCCCUCCCUGCACCUUGCGAUGUUUUACCACCUAUAGUGAAUCACAGAAUGGAGGGCGCAAGACCACGCAGCUCUACCUUCACCACGCCGCGCCGCGUCUUCACGGCGCCAGUACGGCCGUCGACCCCGCAGCCGGCCGCGUCUCCGCAUUCUGCCGGGAGUUUGGUUGACACGCUUUACGACCAUCCAAAUGUCAAGAUCAUCUCUUUUACAGCGGGUUCUCGCUCUCUCUCUGUUGAUCCGCCGGUAGCAGCCGAGCCGGACAUUGAGCCGGGGUCGCUUCCUUGGUCUACCCAGCUAGAGCGGACAAUUGCAGUCGGCCCCUUCAGGAUCUAUCGCGCGCCCGGAUCCGUAGCUUUCCUUAAUUGCGGUUCCGCCCUCCAACCGAUCCUCCCGAAGAGCCAAGCCUGGUGCGUCGACGAAGAAUCCAGCAAGUUUGUCUUGCAAAUCCGGCGACCCCAGUAUUGGCGGAUUGAAGUCCCAGUCGAGGAGCAAGAAGAUGUGCGCCGGGCUCAGCAGCUUCGGGAAGUCUUUGAUAUGAUCUUGCAGUUCGAGAAGACCGAGUGUCCGUUCAAACGAUCGUUUACCGUGGAGCUCCCAAGGCGUCCACAAACACCGGUCAAAAGACGGCCCUGGACCCCGGUCCGGAGAUCUAGCACGUCCUUUCCCUUGACGCCAGUCACCCCGGUUGAAAUUGCGCGGCUGCACGAGGGGACGCCGAGGGGUUCGAUAUGGGCAGCGGAUCUAAGGGCAGCAGCAGAUGUUAGAAGGGACCUGAGGGGGCAGACUAAGAUGCUAGAGCCGCCUACAGAGGAGCAAGCGUUAGAACAGAGCGACCGGCCCAACAUGAACCCGCGCGAUGCCGAUCCUCCGACACAAAAGUCAUCGGCUCCUCCACAGCAAGUCCCUCUGAUUUCCCUUCCUCUUCCAAAGGUCAGGGAGCCAGGCCAGGCCGACAUGCCAGUUGAGGUUCCCAAAUUCAAGUCUCCCACGGAAUCGAGAGAGUCCUUCCACGGCCCGGAAUCGUGGCUUUCUACCCCUCUCCCGCCAUCACCUCCUUUGUCAACGCCGGGGUCGCCGCGAAGUUUAUCGCCGCAACCUGGAGUGCAAUAUGCACACGAAACGGCCGGCCCCGAUCAUUCCGAACAUGAACAUGACCACUCUGAAACCCCAGAACCCUCGCAGACACCGAACCUCACCAGAACCCACUCGCCCCCUACCACAUCACCGUCCACAUCACCGUCCACACCCGUCCGCCGGCGCCCGCUAACGCGCCGCGCCACAACAUCGAGCAGUAUCUCUCGAACGCCACGUUCCAUAUCCCCUUUCCCUGCCGCCGCCGACCUCCUCGCCCCUCGUCGCGCCUCCGCCGCCCCCAGCCCAAGCACAGGCACGGCUACAAGUACCGGGGCACUAGCAGCCGUUCGCCGCUUACCGAUAACAGUCAUCCACAAAACAUGUGAAAUUCUCAUGUCACCACCGUCACACCUCAUCCGCAUCAUGCUGAGGGUCGCGGCCCGGAUUACCGCGGGCGAGUGGAGGGGCUUGGUGUUUGGCACCGGGGAAGGGGGCGAGAGGGUUAGCGUUACUUGGGACUGGAGUGACGACGAGGAUGUGAGCGUGCAGUCUCGUUCUCGUGCGAUCGGACCGAGUACUGCAGUCGAGAACUCAGGCUGGAGGAAGGGCGUCCAUAACGACGACUGGUGGCUGAAAGGGAGCGGCGGGAAGAUGAGAAUGGUGGGCGCUUUUCCUGAGAGCAGUGAUGAGGAGGAUGAACCAGAGGAGGAGGAGGAGGUCGGGCCGUUGGAUAGGCCUAAGUCCCGGGAAAAUUCGCCAUCACCGGGCCGGAAAGGGGAAGGAAGCGGGGCGACAACCGAUGGCGAGACGGACGGCGGCCAAGGCCGAGAACAAGGGAAUGAGCCCGAUACCGAAUGGGGUGUCGACUAGGAGCGAUCCUUGUUCUUCCUUUGGUUCCCCUCAAGGGGGACUCUGACCCGUCUCCCGGUGCCCGCUGUGGAGCCGUGGACGAGCCUGGUUGUUCCUCGGGCUGUGUCU